UUACAACAACCUACAAUUUAUGACUCCUGAUUUGCAUCUGUUCUCACAUAUCCAUAAAGUAUCAUCAAAGGGCUUUAGCAUAAAUAACAGAUAUAAAUAGAGCUUUUUGGCAGAUGGUCACUUAUUUAAAGGAAGAAUAAUUGAACAGCAGUGUUCAGAGUAGCUUGUUCUUUCUACAACACUUAAAACUAAUAUGUGACCAGAUUUACGGACCUCAGUGACAGAAAUUAAAUAUUUCCCAGGACGCGAGCAAGGACAGUGGGUUUCAUAAUGUACACCACAAAACCCAACCCCCUGCCAGCACUGGAAUAUAAAAGCUGGAGGCAUGGGUCUUGUGAUGAGGAAUUGCUUGCUGGCAUAUUGGGAGAAGGGAAGAUUUAAGAUUAGACCAUUUUUGUAAAGCACCUUUUUUCUGGACCUUGUGGAGCUGAAUGUUUAUUGGAGCUAUGAAAACUCCAGCUCAGGACAAUCCUGAAAAACAGCAGGAGCAUUUAAAAGAGCAAAGGGACAUUCUUGCUUACCGAAUGAAAAAACUGUCAGCAAAGCAAGAGCAUUUCAUUAAAAAGACUGCAGAACUGAAAGAAAAGAUCCGAAAGAAGUAUGAAGACAUGAAGCGAGUGCUGGAUGAGGACCUGCGAAUCACAAUGUGCCAGCUAGACAUGGAGCAGGAGGCUAUGGAGAGAACCACUGAGGAGAACAUAGAAAAGUGCUUCCAACUAAUGCAGGACAUGGAAGAGCAGCUGUCUGAGACUGUCAAACAGCUGAACCAGGACAAAGCACAUGACUUAGACCAGAUUGCAGAAACAGAUAGAAGGCUAAAGGAGACUUUGAAGAUGACGGAUCCAGAGUGUAUCCAAAUGGACGAGUUUAAGAAUGAACAGUUGCUAUGUUUAACUAUUAAUUUACUCCUGUUCAUCCGCUCACAGGUUCCUGUCACCAAGAAACUCUUCCAGAGCUAUGCCCAAGAGGUGGUUCUGAACCCUGAUUCUGCUCAUCCGAAACUUAUCAUUUCGCCAGCAGGAGACUCAGUUACAUACACAGACACCUGGCAGGAAGUUCCAGAAAACUGGUCCCGCUUUGAUACCACCCUGAACGUUAUAAGUCAAGAGGGUUUUAAAGAAGGGCGCAAUUACUGGGAGGCCCAGGUUAGUGGCAAAACCUACUGGGAGCUGGGACUCACCUAUCCCAGCAUCCCCAGGAAAGGUCGUGAGGAGCAAUGCUGGCUGGGGCGUGGACCCGAGUCCUGGUGUGUGGAAUACUUUAAUGGUGACUACACAGCCUGGCACAAUGGGGUUCCCCAUGAGCUCACCCAUUUAACUGGGAGGAAAUUCCAACGUAUCGGGGUCUUCUCCAGCUCGUACGGAGGUCUUGUGUGUUUCCUUGGCUCAGACACCAUGACCCCGCUCUAUAGCUUUUGUGUAGGCACAUUUACAGAUGCACUUCAUCAAGCCGUCUGCCCUGGUCAUGACAACCAAGGGACCAACUGGAAACCACUGCUGAUCUGUGAUGCCUCCAGGUCUGCGCCAACUCUGUGAUCGGUAAACCUGAGAGGGCAGAGACAGCAGGGCUGAAUAAACUCAAUAAAAACAGCCUUGUACGGUAUAACAGUGUGAUUAAAUGGUGUAAAAUAUAGACAAAAAUAAUUACAUGACACACAAAGCAGUAUUUAUGAGUACAGCAGAAUGCUUGAAUAUAUUAUUUUAGAUGCAUUAAAAAGGAACAUUUCAUAUAUGUACUGAGGACAAUACAAAAUAUAAAAUCAUUCAAGCUUUUAAGAUGUUUUCUUUCAGAAAUCCUUUAUUUCAACAAAAGUGGAGAAAAUACACUUUCUGCUCUUGUAUAACAGAAAAUUUUGCUAUGCGGUGGACAGUUCAUUAUAACCUUUAACUAUUUACACAGUAGCUGCCUCCUUAAAUAAUAAACUGACAGAACAUUAAAUGAAAAUCAAAAGCACAACUUUCAUACGAUAAGUGCUGUUUUUAUAGAUUGUUGUGUGUACAAUAAAAAAUUUAGAUUUACAAUAAAUAGAUUUAUUGUUAUUUAAAUGCUUUAAAGUCACUCCAAACCCAUUGAUGAUAUUGAACCCACCCCAAGCCUCUUGUGUGCUUUAUGUUUAUAGUUUUAAUACUAAUUAUAGUCCACACUGUCUCCAAAAGAUUCACAUAACCAUUUAAAUCCAAGAAUAAAUGAUAAAAGAAGAAAAGAAAAUGCUUAUAUAGGCUACAGUUCCCCUGCUAAAAUGCCAUAAAACCUAACAUGAAUAUUUCACACCGCUGUGGACAAAGAACAGCAAUAUUAAUGUUCAAAUAAGAGAUAAAUAAUGAACAGUAACAUGCUACUAAAGAGCCACUCUUCUGAAGAAUCUAUUAAGCGUCCAGAAUAAAGUCAGAGAGAAACCGCUAUCCCACACAAACACUAACUGUAGCUGUGUCUGGAUCAUCCCUGAAUAUUGAGACCAGGUGGUCACAUCCUGUCAGUAAAUCAGUCUAGCUUUGACUGUGAUGUGAAAAUGUAUGCUACCAAACAUACUUGAAA